AUGAAGUUCUCUGCUGGUACCCUUGCCCUCGCUGCUGUUCUCGCGGCCUCGUCGAGCCUCCUGGGCGUCGUUGCUAACUACUGCCCCAAGAACAUCGCUGUUCAGCUGAACUCCCUCAACCAAGGCAGCACUCCUUCUUCGUCUGCUACUGCAUUCAAUGCUGCCUCCGAAUCUGUCCGCAACGCCCAGUUCUUCGCUCCGUCCCAGGACCUUGCAACCAGCAUUGGUGCCAGCCUUGACAUCACCCAUGCCCAGCUCUACGACGCUGCUAUCCAGUUCGGUGCUGAUGCGUUGACGAAAUCGCAGUGGCUCAACCGGUUCCUUCAGGAGCGCCUGGACAGCUCCAAGACCUCAGCUAGCAACACCGCUGGCGUCAAGACGUACCAGUCUCUGAUUAACCAGAAGCAGUACAACUGGGGCAACUCGGUCGAGGGCCCGACUAUUGGAAAGAGGAACAUUAUUAUCUGGUGCUAA